UAUGUUUGGUGUAAUUUCCCCGAACUCCUACUCUUGCACGGUUUUAAUGGAAGGCGACACGAAAUAUGACCUUCCUAUUCUUAUAUAAUACGCCUAGCCUUGUGCGUUCCAAAUUGAAAUAAGGAAUUUAGGGUUUUUCGCCGCCGCUGCUUCUAUUCCAUUUGCAUAGCAGCAGAAGAGAAGCAUUCAAGUGUGGGAUCUUGGAAUCGGAGAUUUUGUUCACUUUACCGCGAGGCCGUUAUUUGAAAAAAAAUGAAACAAGCAAAAAUGGAAAAAGGAAAUGGGGUCGAUUACUUUGCUCGCAUCCCAGAGGAACUACUCUUGUUGAUAUUAAGCCGGUUUGAAAACCUAAAGCAUCUGUGUCGAUUGUCCCUUGUCUCGAAGUAUUUUGCUUCGACUAUUUAUAAAAUAAAAUCUGUUCAUUUGACUCUUCCAAGUACUUCACACUCUACUGAAUCAGCUGAUGAGAUCUGUGAACUUCUCCCUAAGCUGGCAGGCUUUACCAGUGAAGAAAUGAGUGAAUUCAUCAAGUCCUCACCGAUUAAGGAGUUGAGCUUCUUCUCAUUCCUUCGGAACUUCAAGGAAAUCAGAUCUAUUUCGUUGGACUCGACAUGUCCUCGUAGCAUCUGCAGCUCCUCAAGUUGGAAAGUGAGGGUGAAAUUCAGCAAUGGUGGAGCCGUGGUGGAAAUUAUUCUGGAACAACCAGCUUAUGUUCCCGAGCAGGCUUCUUCAUCUUAUGAAGCUUAUUCAUCUGAUGAGGCUUCUUCAUCUGACGAGGCUUCUUUAUCUGAUGAGUCUUCAUCCGAUGACGAGUACACAUACAUUGCACCAGCAGACGAAGGAAUGCGUAACGACACAUUGUUUCUCUUUGGAUGUUGCAGUGUUUGGUUACUUGUGCUAUGUUUGCUCAUCAAAUGUCACCCUUCGCUUUCGAGUGUCACCAUCACAAAUCGCAAGAAAGAUGGGAGACUAUCUGCGAGCAAUAUAAAUGUUCUUGUAUGGAGAAACAAGUCGAAAGAAGCACAAAUAGGCUCAUUGUAUCAGACAAUUGCUUGGAUGUGCGAGUCAAAAAUCCCGGAAUCAGGAUACGUGGUGAAAAUGGUGAAUUAUGGGACGUUGUAUCCAGUGGAUGAACUAAAUCAUGAUUCAGGCACGUUGGAUGGCGGUGACGUAGUGGCUUGGGAGUAUACUGGGGACGAAAAGGGCUUGCGAGAUCCUUUGUUGGAGUUUGUAGGUAAAUAUAAAGAAUCAUUUCCUCACAGCUGAUCAUGAAACUGACUCUUCUCUCGUUUAGUUAAAUGUUAAUUUGGGACUAAGUUUGUUAGUAUCUAUAUUAUGGGAAUGUUUCUACAAAUGGUUUUGUACGUUGCAUUCUAUUUUCAAAUGGAUGUUUCAUGUUUGUAUAAUAAUAUCUCUGUCGUACUUUUGCA